AUGGGCCGCGUACGCACAAAAACUGUCAAAAAGGCUGCUCGCCACAUUAUUGAAAAGUAUUACACCCGCCUCAACCUCGAUUUCCAGACUAACAAGCGAACAUGCGACGAGAUUGCCUCUAUUCAGUCGAAGCGCUUGCGCAAUAAAAUCGCCGGCUUCAUAACUCAUCUGAUGGAGCGCAUCCGUCGUGGACCCGUCCGUGGAAUUUCCUUCAAGUUGCAAGAAGAGGAGCGCGAACGCAAAGACAAUUACGUGCCCGAAGUUUCUGCUCUCACCUUGCCUGCCAUUGAAGACAUGCUUUCUGCUAUCGGCAUGUCCGCAUUGCCUGCAGUCAAGGGUCCCGAGCGCAAAGGUAGUGAUGAUGUUGAGGGUCGUCGUCCAUACACUCGCAAAGAGCCGCACGCACGUAAGCAACGUCUCUAA